AUGACGAUCCCUCCUCAUGAGGAACGAGAACGCACCCUUGCUAACAAGCUUGUGGAUGCGGAGAAGGAAGUAAAGAAGCAACUGUCCCUGAAGACUCAGUUGCUGUCCGGGCAAGUAAACCCGAAGGACAUGCAGGCUAUAGAGAAGGAGCUGCAGCAAGAACAUGAGCAGCUAAUGUUGGAAAGGAGACAGGAGAUAGCAGCAUUAAAGGAGAAGGUACAUAGAUUAGAUACCUUAGUCACGGAGCUGCAGCAGCAGCAGCAGCAGCAGCAGCAGCAGGGGCUGCUUAGCAGCUUCUUUAGCUGUACUUGCGGCGGAUCCAAUGAAGACUCCACUACAGAGCAAGCCAUCACUGCUCCUCGAUAG